CCCAAUCACUACGGCCUAUGGUAAUUAGCAUCCCAAGCAAACAACAGUCCUCUGAUUUUUAUCUCCCUCGUUACCACAGACAGCCAUGGCCUCCUCUCGCCCUCAGCCACCGAAGCCUCUGGACCUGGAGCUCACCAUCGUCGCCGCCAAGCACCUAAAGAACGUAAACUGGAAGAUCGGCGACCUCAAGCCUUACGCAGUCUUUUGGGUUGACCCCGACCGCCGACUAGCCACCAAAUCCGACGACGCCGGCUCCACCCGCCCCGUUUGGAACGAACGAUUCACCCUUCCACUGGCCAUCCCUCUCCAAGAAUCCGUCCUCACCCUUGAGAUCUUCCACUCCAAACCUUCAGAGACCCCCAAGCCCUUGGUCGGCACACUCCGUGUCCCGCUCAAGGACCUCGCCGAAAACCCCGACGAAUCGACCGGUAUCAGAACGUUCCAUCUCAUCCGUCCGUCCGGUCGUCCCCAGGGCAAGAUCCGCGUAAAGCUCGCCGUCCGUGAACGCCCUUUGCCUCCAGAUUACCAUAUUGCCCCUCCGCCGACCUAUUUUUACUCCAGUGCCCCUGUCAUUCCACCGCGCGACUACAGGGGUUACUCGCAAUCUCUGUACACUUCACCACUGCCCGCCCCGUCUCCAUCGCCUUCACCGUCGCCGCCGCCUCCGUAUCCAUAUAGUUCAUAUCCUGAUGCGUAUUCUGGGUACUAUCCAGGGUACUAUUCCAGUGCGCCACCACCACCGAUGCCACCCAGGCCGUUCUUCGAUCGGCCCGUGAACUACGGUGUGCCUGCCGGGCCCAGUGGACCGUCGGCACCUGUGGAUUACUCGCCGUACGAUCAGAAGCCGAAGUCCUCGAAAAUGGGUUUGGGGACUGGAUUGGCUGUGGGCGCGGUCGCUGGAGCGCUGGGUGGGCUCGCAUUGGAAGAGGAAUUGAAGUAUGAAGAGGAGAAGAUCGCUGAUAGGGUCGAGAAUGACUUGGCUGCGCGAGACGAUUACAGCGAUUACCGAGGCGACUAUCGUACCGAUUAUUGAUAUAUUGGGAACGAAUAUGAUCACGAGUCCUCGAGACAGAAGAAGAAAGUGACUCUUGACCUGUAUAUUGGACUGCUUAGCAUCUUACUGGAUUUUCUCCUUCAGAUUUCACAUUAAUAUUUUCUUGAUCCUAAAGAGAUAUUUUCAAGUGUAUUUUUGCUGCAUUUGAGUUUUUAUUUGCUCUUUGGUGUUUAUGUGUUCGAAGCACUCUCAGGAAAUUUCAAUUAGUACAUUUAGCUUUCUUGUGCCAAUGUAGAAUUGUCACCUAGGAACUCAACUUUGCGAUGCCCUAGAUGCAGUUAUGCUUGUUAAAAAAUAUCAUAGUUAUAGUUGCGCUAUAUUCUGCCCCUUCACCCUAUCUUUUUCUCCUCUUACUUGUAGGCCCGUUUCUAUUCUACCUCAAAUGUUUUGUUGAUAGCGUUGGAUUCUUUGACAGGGAUUAGUAAUGUUGGUUUUGUGCCAUUCGUAUGAAACAAAUGUUGGUUUUAUGCCAUUUUUUGUACAUGCAUGGCUAUCUAGAGAAUAGUUUGUUUUCUCAUUCGUUUUCUUGCAAGAGUCGGAAGUUUGUCGAUACUAGUAUGAUGAUAUGAACAGUGAUUGUAAACAUUAUUUAAUCAAUUGGCUGAUAUUUGGACCUA